AACAACAACAACAACAACAACAACCACUUAAUGCAGGUCAAGUGGAUAUGAUGUCUUAUACCUAUCAACAACAAGCACAACAACAACCAGCUGAAGUCAACUAUAAUCGAUCCACUGAAGGUUUUCCAAAAAGUGCAUUGGAUCGCGCUGCUGCUGCCAAAUUGAAAGUGGAAUACUACUAUAAAACUGCAUUGGAUCAAGCCAUUGAACGUAAUCAAAGACGAAAAGCUUUGGAACAGAAACUUUUGACAGAACAUGGAAGUGAUGAAAAAAAGCAACGUCAACUACAAUCAUUGGGUCGAAAAGAAUCACAAUAUCUACGAUUACGUCGAACUCGGUUGGGAUUGGAUGAUUUCGUUACUGUCAAGGUCAUUGGAAAAGGUGCUUUUGGCGAAGUACGUUUGGUCCAAGCUGGUGAUACUGGGAAAAUAUAUGCUAUGAAGACUUUGAAAAAAUCUGAAAUGUUAAAAAAAGAUCAACUUGCACAUGUCAAAGCAGAACGAGAUGUAUUGGCAGAAUCUGAUUCACCUUGGGUUGUACAACUCUACUUCUCUUUUCAAGAUGCUCAAUACCUAUAUUUGAUUAUGGAAUUCUUACCUGGUGGUGAUUUGAUGACGAUGUUGAUCAAAUAUGAUACAUUUAGUGAACCUGUCACUCGAUUCUAUAUUGCAGAAAUUGUUCUUGCCUUAGAAGCAAUUCAUAAUCUUGGUUAUAUUCAUCGGGACAUCAAACCUGAUAAUAUUCUAAUUGAUCAAGGUGGACAUGUUAAAUUAUCUGACUUUGGACUAUCUACAGGAUUCCGGAAAACGCACGAUUCUCAAUACUAUCAACGUUUACUGGAUGGAUCUCAUCAAUCUGUUCCUGCUGGACAAGAAAGCAUCAAUCUUAAUAUUCUUAGUACAAAAGAAAAAAUUGCCACAUGGAAAAAGAAUCGAAGAGCCUUGGCUUACAGUACUGUUGGUACCCCUGAUUAUUUGGCUCCUGAAAUCUUUUUACAGCGCGGUUACGGUCAAGAAUGUGAUUGGUGGUCUUUAGGUGCAAUUAUGUUUGAAUGUCUUUGUGGUUAUCCUCCAUUCUGUUCAGAAAAUCCUCAUGAAACUUACCGCAAGAUCAUGAACUGGCGUGAAUCCUUAGUCUUUCCUGAUGAUCAACCCAUUAGCCGUGAAGCCGAAGAUUUGAUUAGAAGAUUGAUAUGUGAACCCGAAAGUCGAUUAGGUCGUAAUGGUGUGGAAGAAAUCAAGGCUCAUCCUUUCUUUUAUGGUGUCAACUGGCAAGGCAUUCGUGAGGAACCUUCUCCACAUGUACCUCAAUUACGAAGUAUUACUGAUACAAGUUAUUUCCCCACGGAAGAAUUGGAUUCUGUACCCGAAGCUGUGGAUAGUACAAAUCAUGGUUAUUCUGUAGAUGGUGUCAAUACUCAAAAGGAUUUGGCUUUUGUUGGAUAUACAUUCAAGAGAUUUGACUAUUUGACCAAGAAAAACAUUCUAUAGCUUUAGUUUUCUCUCUCUCUCUCUUUUUUUUACCAUUCUCCUAUUUAGUUAUACCUUUAUAUUAUUGCUGUUGCUCAUGUGUGUC